GAUGAAAUUUAAGAUUGACAUGGAAAAUUGGGAUAUCCCCUAGAUGAGAGCGCAGGGUGUAUGUGAGCGUGUUUUCGGCAGGAGGCGCAGCGUCUGCUCUCUCAGUGUACAAUGUCUGUCUCUGCUUGAGCCGUGUUUCUUCCUGCUCUGACGCUGGCCUGCCCUCCAUCAGAAACUAAAACAAAGAUGACAAGGCCGCUACUUUUGCGUACGUCGGAUCAGGGAGUCGUAGCAAACCUCCAAACAUCCUAUUAGCACACAAGCCCGGCUGGUACUGGAGUGUCAGCGCGACAUGUCGCUGAGCUCAGGCGGGUGGACUCACACACCUCCGCCGGCCCAGUCUGCAUCGUCUCAUCUCGGCCAGGAGGCCUCGCAGGCGGCCUGCAGCACGGUUUUGAUGUCGGUGAAGGUGUCAGUAUGCCACUCGGGUAUACGACCGCUUUGUCUCCCGGGGGCCGGAGACGAGUCUCUCCGUCUUCAGCUGAGCAUGGACCCAGGGAAGGCAGGGGAAUUCCGCCUCGCGUUGCGGGACGUCAGCGGAGCCGCGGCUGGGCGCAGCGUGUCCAUUGCUGAGUUUGACCUCAAGACUGUUUGCUAUGAAGUCAAAUCCCCACAGUGCCAUGAACUGAGUUUGGCAACACCGCCACAUGAUCGUAUCACUUUCAACUUCCGCUGUGAGCAAGAAGCACAGGAGUGGGCCACUGUGGUGAUGUCAUCACUCCGUGAGGCACAUAGAGUGGCGAUUAGUUCCUCCAAUGAAGAAAGACAGCUACCUCCUCAGCCUCUGGAUACACAAAGCAAUCCACCCAUGCCACGUACAGAGGAGAUUUGUGCGGAGCUGGUUAGCGCAAUAGAGGCAGGUGAUGUUCGUUCGGCAUCUGUCUGUGCAUCGUCUUUAGCUAAACAGAGAGCUGCUCUGAGCAUUCAGCCAUCUAAACGAAAUUACACAGACACUGAAAUUAGCCUGCCUGUGGUGGUCGAGGAUGCAUCCUCCUCCUGCUGUGUCACAGUCAAAGUCUUCCCUCACUCCACAAUUGGUGCUCUCAAACAGCAGGUCUUCACAGAUUAUGGUUUUCAUCCGCGUGUGCAGCGCUGGGUCAUCGGCCAGUCUUUGUGCUCUGAUCACCGCUCUCUGGCUUCUUAUGGAGUUCAGCGAGAUGGCGACACUGCGUUCCUUUAUCUCAUUUCUGCCCGUCAGGCUCGUCUCAGUCGAGGACUUUACCAACAAGAUCAGGAGAGUGCUUUGCUCAUGCCAGCUUUGGUGCCAACGACUAACCAGCCCCACCAAGAAGCAGUUACCAAUGGGCCAGCACUGAACACAGCCUCAAGACCAUACAGCACCCUGCCUACAAGACUUCAUAACAGCCAUAAUACCCUGAGUAACAGUGCAGGAAGUACAGAGAGGUUGGGUUUGGGUGAUAUUCGUGACCUCAUCAACCUUGAGCUGCCGCAGUUGAAUGAAGCCCUGACACCCAACAGAACAAGCACACAGCUAGGAUGGGCCUGCCCAACCUGUACAUAUAUUAAUAAACCGACACGUCCCGGCUGUGAAAUGUGUAGCGCAGACAGACCUGAAGGCUACACUGUUCCUGGCAACUACAGACCAGAUGCUCUGGAGCUAAGACGCAUUCAACAGGAAAAAGAAGCAAUAAGGCAGUACCAACAGGCCAGAGAAGCGGAACGCAGAGAGAACUAUGCACGUCUGGUGCAGAUGGACGGACAGGAUCUGGUUCCUAACCCAGAGAGAGUGGAGUGCAGGAUCUGCUAUGUGGAGCUUGAGCCUGGCGAGGGUGUCCUGCUCCGAGAGUGUCUCCACUGCUUCUGCAAAGAGUGUCUGCGCUCUGUGAUUCUGAUGUCGGAGGAUCCUCAGGUGGCAUGUCCAUACAGAGACGAGGCCUACGCCUGUGACUGCAUCUUGCAGGAAAGAGAAAUCAGAGCUCUGGUGUCAGUAGACGAUUAUGAGCGCUGGUUGCAGAGGGGUCUGUCUGUUGCAGAGUCUCGAUGUGAGGGCAGUUAUCACUGUGCUACAGCAGACUGUCCUGGCUGGUGUGUUUAUGAAGACACUGUCAACACUUUCCACUGCCCAGUGUGCAAAAAACACAACUGCCUGCUCUGCAAGGCCAUUCAUGAAGGGAUGAAUUGUAAGCAGUAUCAGGAUGAUCUAGCAGCACGUGCCAUCAAUGACUCUGCAGCACGAAGAACCAGAGACCUGCUGAAGACUCUUGUUAAUUCUGGAGAGGCGAUGCAUUGCCCUCAGUGUGGCAUCAUUGUGCAGAAGAAGGAGGGCUGUGAUUGGCUCCGCUGUACUGUCUGCCACACUGAGAUCUGCUGGGUCACCAGAGGACCACGCUGGGGGCCCAAAGGUCCUGGAGACACAAGUGGAGGCUGCCGCUGCAAUGUCAACAAACAGAGAUGCCACCCAAAAUGCCAGAACUGUCACUAAAGGGAUGGGCAGAAAGAGAGGAGGAGGUACGAAUAAGAGAGAGUAGUGUCAUCUCACAGCAGUUUGUGACAUUAAAUAAAAGGUUUUGACAGACAUCAGGGUUGCCAGGUCUGUGUAACAAAACCACCCCAAUUGGUGCUCAAAACUAGCCCAAUUCCAAGAGGUUAAAACCUGCUUCUACGUCCCGACUUGGUCAAAAGGGGCUGGGGGUAUUUCGCGGACUAUAAAAAAAACAGGCCAUGCCAGCAUUAUGAAAGUAGCUCAGUUCCACAGACUUGGCAACACUGACAGACAUACACUUUGAGUGUGAGCUGACAAAUACUGUCCACCUGUUUUAUUUUCAAGUUAGUUUUCUGACGUUUCUUUAACUGAAAUACAGAAAUAUGUAGUUCUGGUGUGCAAAAAAUCGACUACAAAAAGUGACAUUUGCAUUUGAAUGGCUUGUGAAUGUUCACACAGCUACUACAAAAUGUAAACCCACUUUAAACUGCAUGAGUAUUGCCACGCUCUAACUAUUUUGAGUUAUUUAAGACAGAAUCGUUACUUUGAGGGGGCUUAAAUUAGUGAUUUGCAAAUGAAUGAUAUCUUUUUAAUGAUUCAGUCAAUUGGUAGAUCACUCAAGUAAAACUGUGAUGUGGGUGGCACAUCACAACCUUAAGCAACAGAACAUUGAACAUUAUGUAUAACCUAAAUCAAAAACAUUUAGAUAAAAAUGGAUUUUAAUACAAAAAUACAAACAUGGGAAUGUUUUUAAGCCUUUUUUGAAUCUGAUCAAAUGAUCCUAGGAGGUGACGAAAAUAAAGCCGAAGCUAAUCUGAAGCUGCCGAUAAAAAUGAAACAAAGGGAAUUAUUACAAUGCACUUACACAAGUACUUGUGUAUUUGUCUUGUCUUACUCUUAAAGCUAUACUACACUGUUAAGACCUGUUACUGAAAGUGCCUUUUCUUGCCUGUUUUUCAUCACGUAACCACUAACAUGAGCAGACGUUUUGCAGUGUUACAAUUAUUAUUAUUUUAAAUACUGUAUGUCGCUGUUGUUGUAGAUUUGUGAUCAAGGAUAAUUUAUGUGCCGUGUUUUCCCUUCACCUUUCCUACCAACCAAGAGACAUUGUAUUUUGUGCAUAUGUUGCACAUUAGUUCAGUAAGAUUAACACAAUCCAGUAUAUUGCUUUAAGAUUUGAUUGUUUGUUUGUAAGCUGAAUGUGAUUAAUAUGUAGCCUAGUUAUUUAGUAUUGUUUUAAUAUAACAUUGCAAUGCUAUGCUAAUUUAAGUAGCAGUAAUGGACAAAAGCAGGGACCUGAGGCUUGUGUGGAAAGUCCUCAAGACUGUUAUAAGCCAAAGGACCGAUGUUGAUCCCAAAGCUUUGAAUCUAUGCACUGAAACAAAUGUCAGCACCCAAAGCAUCUACUUAUGCAUCAAACAUACAUUUCAAAAAUGUUUUCAUAAGACAAACGUAUUUUCUUUAGUCUACUAUUUUUUUGAUUUGCACCUAAAAAGAGUAGUUUUUCUUUCUUUCUUUUUUUUCUAAGCGUUUAUAUUGUUGUUGUGACUGAGAAUCCAGUGGAAUUAUGCAAUAUGUUUGUACAACUGCAAAACAGUUGUGUUUAUUGAGGGGGCGUUCAUUCUUUCUCAUGAUAUUAUGAACCUCACUAAUGUUCAAGUAGAGUGUUUUUGCAUGUACCACAGAAGAAAAUGAAUGACUGAAAAUAGAAAGGUCCCUGCACCUGCAGAAAUCUUACACUUUAAUUCAGGGUUGCAAGUCUUAAAAAGUGCCUUACGGAUUAUAGUACUGACUACUGAGCACCUGUAUUGACAAUAUUUAAGAUAUUCUCAUUAUUACAUACAUGUUUGGACUAAUUUAACAAGCUUCACAUUUUGUUCUUAAAAAAAUAACCAGUCUGUAUUUUAUUUAACUCUUGUAAUUUGUUCUUUACUGCAGUGAUUAAAAUGCAAACACUUGCUAAAUGUCA